AUGACAGUUGCUUCCGCCUUUCCGACGCCAUCAAACGUCCACGACAACGCCACGCCAUCGGCAUCCGCAGGUGGUGAAAUUCCCUUGCAUCCUCUAUUUCCCGCCGAUCAACAGCCCGUCUACAAUGGCAUCAAUCCUACUUACCCAGGAGUGCGGAUGCUUCACAACAAUCCCCCCAUGUUUGUCGUCGACAACUUUCUUACGCCUCAAGAAUGCCAAUUCUUGAUUCAAGCGGCAGACGAUGCAUGGACACCAGCCCCUGUGGUCGGUGCGGGAACUGGAGAGAUUAGUCAGGCAAGAACUUCUAGUACUUGCUAUUUGGCAAGAGAGGAUGUCCCAGAUUUGAUGCGAAAGGUUGCUGUCCUGACGGGAAAGCCAAUCGAACAUUGUGAGCUUCCUCAAGUAGGUCGCUAUUUGAGACACCAGCAGUACUAUCAGCACUUUGAUGCCUUCAAUUUGGACGAAGAAGAUGGCCAACGAUUCGCUACCAACGGAGGUCAACGCACAAUCACCGUCUUGAUUUACUUGAACGAUGUCCCACAGGGCGGGUGCACUGCUUUUCCUCGUAUGAAUAUUGAGGUGCAGCCCAAACAAGGCAUGGCCUUGGUCUUUUUCCCCGCCACCAUUUAUGGGGUACUGGAUCGAUUUGCAUUGCAUGCGGCAAUGCCAGCUUUGGAUACCAAGUACGUCUCUCAAAUUUGGAUUCGGCAACAGAGUUACUUUGGUCAGAGUAGCAAGCGACUGACCGAAAAGAUGGGAGCCGAAUUGGCGCCGGGAAGUAUGAUUGCCAAACCACCCUUGAAGAUUGAGGAGGCGAUUCCGUCCCAACCAGGUCUAUAG